CUUUACAAAAAUGAAGUACACAUCGAUAAAGCGAUAUCGAUAUACGAUAGACGAUAGCUUGCCUAAAUGUUCGAAAGAUGGCUGUUUCUGCUUCGUGGACGUGGACAUGUAAAAGCGUUCGCAUAGUUUGCUUGAUUCUUCUCAUUAUCACCAUUCAAGUCCAUUGUGAAACUGUACAAGAUGAACUCCUUUUCGCGCCUGGAGGACAACUAAAUAUGAAAAUGGGACAAGCAAAACCGCAAAGGUUCCUAUUGUACGAUGUGAAUCCAGGAGAAGGCUUCAAUCUGAGAAGAGAUGUGUACAUGAGAAUAGCAAACCUGGUCAAGAGGCUUCUAGAGAAAGACAACUGGGUUCUUGUUCUUCCACCCUGGGGCAGGCUCUACCAUUGGAAGUCAAGGAAUAUGCAGCAAAUCAGAAUACCGUGGUCUACCUUCUUUGAUGUGGAGAGUUUGAAUCACCAUGUUCCGGUCAUUGAGUUUGAAGAUUAUAUAAAGAUUAAUGGGGGAGCAGCUAUUGAUGAGCAUGUGUACCUUCAGAGUUACAAGGAAGGUUGGACCGAUGGUAAAUGGGAAGAGAGGAUGCAUGAAAGAGAGUGCAACGAUCAACCCACUUACCAAAAGAAUGGCGAAGGGAAAUACAGGGGCUGGUACUGGGGGUACUCAGAAGCCUAUGCAAGAAACUUCAGGUGUCUUUCAAUUCAGGGUGUUGCUGGCACCCUCGUCCCCUACCUCACAAAGAAUAUUACUGCUAGAUCAGUUAUGAUCGACAGAGCAGAAACUGCCCUGCAUGACACAUUUGGGAGGUCUCGAUAUUGGGAAGCAAGGCGAAGCUUGCGGUUUGCCAAGCAUCUUAGAGACAUCGGUGAUGAGUUCCGUAAAACAUACUUGGAUUCUACUGAUGCUAAAGAUAAAACACCCGUUUUAGAAGACUGGAGAGAAAUGAAGCCAACUCCAGGAAGUGCUGUAGGUGGGCCAUAUAUCGCCGUUCAUCUUCGGAGGCAAGAUUAUGCAAGGAGUAACAGGAAAGAGGUAGCAUCCUUACCUAAAGCAGCUACACAUAUUAAGGAGAAGUUGAAGGAACUGAAACUAAAGAAAGUCUUUAUAGCAACAGAUGCACCUGUUAGCGAAAUUGACCAGUUAAAAGUUCAUCUGAAGGGGUUUGAAGUAUAUAACUAUAUACCUCCCAGGACUGUUCAUGAUAAAUUCAUGGAUGGUGGUGUCGCUAUUAUAGACCAAUGGAUCUGUGCCCAUGCAAGAUAUUUCAUAGGCACUGGUCAAUCUACUUUUUCAUUCCGUAUCUACGAAGAGCGGCAGCUACUUGGGUUUGACACCAAGAUGACGUAUAAUAGAUUCUGUGGUGAUGGGGAACCAAAAGACUGCGAACCCCCAUCGGUAUGGCCAGUCGUCUACUAAUCCAUCCACAAUGGACAUUAUUUAUUUGGCUGAAGAAACUUUCACCCUUAGAUUGGCAAUAAUAAUAUUUGUAUUUAAUGCUUAUUUAAUGUAAUGAGAUGAAGGAUGUUUGAAAGUAACCCUUGCCAGGUUCAUAGAAAAUUAGUAAUUUUGGACCUUUUAUUAUACUGCCAAACUGAGCCUGUGCUUGGGUUGACACCAAGAUAAUAGAUUCCGUGGUGAGGCCUUAAAAAAAUGUUUGUUUUCCAUAACAGAGGGGAAAAAAUAAGGGUUCGUCAUUUUUGUCUUGCCUGCAUGGCAGAGCAAGACUAUUGGUGCUGCUUUUCCGUUGGUGGUGGCAGCGUCAUCAACAGUGAAAUCUUAAUAAAGAUUAAGUUUGUUAAAUAUGAGCAUAACUUACAAAGCAUAUGGACCUAUUGUUUUGGAAAUCAACAUUGAAACCUUAACCAAUUUAAGUUUUAGAAAUGUCAUAACUUAAAAAGUAUAUACCUAUGUCAUGAAACUUGGACAUCUGGGUAAACAAGUAUCUCUGAUCAUAUUGCAUGACUUUCUGGUCACAUGAUCUAGGUCAAAGAUUGUUUAGGGUCAAUGAACUUUGACAAUGUUGUGGUAUUGAAAACUUAACUAAGGUUAAGAUUUUGAAUUAUUAAGUUAAUUUUGCAAGUAUAAAACCUUCAAAUAAAAGUACGGGCAAAUGUAUGAAUGUUCAAAUGAACACAAACACAUACAUUAACAAAAGAUCCAAGACACAUUGUAAGAGGACCUUGCCAGUUGAUAGAAAACAUUCCUUUAUGAUUUUGAAAUUUUCAAUAUUUUUUAAAUUCUAUUAAGGAUAAUAAUUUCUGAUUUGAGUAUUCUGACGCAAUGGAUAUUCAUCAAAAUGUUGACACAUUGUUUAAAAAAAAACUGCUGUUUUUACUUCAAAAUCUUGAGUAUUUUUAAUGGCUUAAGUGAAGUGUUAAAGCGACCUUUCAUUGACAAAUCAUGGGGAAAUCAAGGCUUAUCUUAGAACAGAGAAGGGAUUCAAGUCUUUCACUCAGCUGCAUGCCUGGGGGUGUUAUGUAAUAGACGCCGGCAUGUCUGGGAGCUGUAGGAGAGCAAUAGCUAGUAGACUAACCAACCAGAAGUAAACUGCGUGUUUUCACUUUGAAACAUGUUUCUACUCAGUGGUUAUUUAUUUUGGUUUAGCAAUCAAGAGACCUGCUAUGAGUCUAGGAAAUGGGAUUUUUGGAAACUGGUACUGCGAUGAUCCAAAGUAAAUAACCAUCACGAGUUCGGUCAAAUUCAUGCUGUCCGAACUUUUAUCGCAUUAGUCCGACGGGCGCUCAUGACGGACGGAUUAUAUUAUGCAAGUCAAUUGGCCUUUUGCAAAUUUCGUAUUGAUUCAAUUUCCCCAUGAUUUGUCAGUGGCUGGGCCCUUUAAACCAAAAUUUAUUAUGAAAUUAUAGAUAUUUGAGAAAUGGGUGUGCCUUAUGUGUGCUAUUAUCACAUCUCAGUAUUGUCUUCCAAGUGGAGGGAUAGUUCUAUCAAACUCCAUGGUUCUAUUGUAAGAUAUUGAAUAACAUUACAUAGGUCUUAUUGAAAUCCUUAUUUUUUUAUGUCUGUUGUCUAUAAUGUUGUCUGUAAUGAAUGAAAAACACCCAGGAAGAAAAAAAAUUAUAUUUGUGCCAGCACUUUCAAGAUAUCUUGGAUUGACAAAUCAUUUGACUAAUCUCCCGGGAAGAUUAAUUUUAACACAUGUAGAAUAUUGAAGAAAAUUGGGAAGGUGUUAUAACCAAUGCCUUUAAAAUGAAGAUAAUGAGAGGAACAUACCUUUGAUAUGUGAAUAAACAAAUAGAUAUUUUCAAAGUUUCAAUCAAUCUUGCACAAAUGUGAGAUACAUGUAUGUCUGAAGUCAUUCAUUGUGCACUGCAGGAGAAAGGGGGAAUCCCUAGAUUUUUAGUGAAAAAAUAUUUUCUUUUCACCUGUAACCUAUCAAUAAAUUUCAAAAAUAUAUUUAUAAAACUAUGGAAAAGGAAACCCUAAUGCUGUAUAAAAUGAUGAAAAAAAUGUGGAAUAACUUGAUUAGCUUGCAAGUUAUGUCCAAAGAUUUAUUAGAUUACAAUAUUAUUUCAUACAUUCUUUAAUAGUUUCAUCAUCAUUCUAUUGUACUUUAAUUACUUUUUCCUAUAUUUUCUUCUACUUUUACAUAAACCAAAUCUAAGUCAGGAGGAUGUUUCCCUGAAUAAUGUGUUUGUGUUACUAUAUGUGUGUCUAUAUUGUGAUCCGUGUUAGCAUAUUGGUUUUAUCAGGGAAUCAAUAAUAUAUUUAUUAUUAAUAAAUGUCACUUUAUGCUCAUGUAUUUCCCCAUGAUUGAAGACAUUAUUAACUUAAUGACAAUAUUUGCUGCAUUUGUAUCUAUUUGAAUAGAUGUACUUUCUGUCAUUCACAUUUGCUGUUAGUCUAAUCAGUUGGUCUAUUUCUAAGAUAAUCUUAUACCACAUUGGCUGAACCCAUUUGGUAUACUAUCAAUUUGGUAUAAAUGCUGAGAAGUUUUACUUCACCUGGUUUAAAAUAGCCAUUUAGUCUGGUAAUUCUCAGUUGGUCUAAUUUCCAAUUUGUAUUAACAUCGUCAAAUCAAAUUUUAGCGUAAUAGCAGUUCAUCUAACCAUAUAGAUGAAGUGGUGCUACGCCAAGUGGAUGUGAUAUGAAAUGGGUGUUACUGGAAAUUAGGCAAUUGUUAUUGAGCUAAAUGACGAUUAGUUGAUGAGUUGAUAAGAUUAGACCAUGUGAGAUGAGACCAAAUGGAGAGUGGACAAAUCUGAUGUAAACCAAUCAGCAUUUGCCGAAAUUUAUGCAAGUUGAAUAAUAUUGUAAUUCUCGUACUAUGGGAUAUGCAAAAACAUAGAUAUGUUAUUUAUUACUCACUGUCAGAGUUAUUUCAUGAUUAAUGUAGAAAUUAGAAGGAAUAUUAAACCUGGACAGAAUCUAUUAGCAGUGCUUUAAUAUUGUUUAGAAAUCUUUUUUGUUUCAAGAGACUGUUUACGUUGUGAUGUGAAUUAAUUUAUAUUGAUUAUUAAUUUCAAUUUUUUUCUUAUUGUCACUGUUGCUAAUAUUCCUGAAAAUAAACAAAGAAUGCAUGAAUUAA